AUGGCUGAUGCAGGUGGCUGGAGCACCAUCGAGUCAGACGAGGGUCUCUUCACCUCUCUCAUCGAGACACUCGGAGUAAAAGACACCCAAUUUGAAGAACUCAUCUCCCUAGAUGCAGACACAAUACGGUCCCUAGGACCCGUCUACGGCGUAAUCUUCCUCUUCAAAUGGACCCGCGAAACAACCAGCGGUCCAACCAACACCUCCACCCCCCUCGACGGAACCUACGACCAAACAUCCCCAGAAAACCUCUUCUUCGCCGCGCAAACCAUCCAAAACGCCUGCGGCACCCAAGCAAUCCUCUCAGUAAUCCUAAACCACGACAACCCCCCGGCCCCAACACCGCCCAUCCCCCUCGGUGACGAGCUGCGCUCCUUCAAAGACUUCACAACCGGCUUCCCGCCCGAGCUGCGCGGCGAAGCGCUCUCAAACUCCGAAGCCAUCCGAACGGCGCACAACAGCUUUGCGCGGGCGAGUCCGUUUGCGGAUGAGACGGCAAGACCACAGGAUGAGGAGAAGGGGGACGUUUACCAUUUCAUUGCGUAUACGCCUGUGAAUGGGACGUUGUAUGAGCUUGAUGGAUUGCAGCCGUAUCCUAUUAGUCAUGGGGAGUGUGGGAUGGGACAGUUUCCCGAGAAGGUUAUUGAGGUUUUGCAGAGACGCAUUGCGAGGUAUCCGCCUGAGGAAACGCAUUUCAAUCUCAUGGCUGUUGUGAGGGAUCCUAGGGAGAGGGCUAGGGAGAUUGGGGACGUUGAGACGCUUGAGAGGGAGGAGAGGAAGAGGGCUGCGUGGCAGUGGGAGAAUACGCUUCGGAGACAUAAUUUUGUUGGGUUUAUUGGGGAGGUUAUGAAGGGGGUUGUUGCUGGGAAGGAGAAGGUUGGGGGGUACGAGGAGUGGGUUGAGGGUGCGAAGAGGGAGACGAGGAAGAAGCUUGAGAUGCGGAGGUAG